AGCGCAACUCGAACGAAACAGUGGACUUACCUGUCGCGCUUGAAAAGUAGCCCACGAGUUCAUCGUGCCCAGCCAGCCACCAUGCAGCAUUACGGCGUGAACGGCUACUCUCUCCACGCGAUGAACUCGCUCAGCGCCAUGUACAACCUCCACCAGCAGGCCGCGCAGCAGGCGCAGCACGCACCCGACUACCGGCCCUCCGUGCACGCGCUGACGCUCGCCGAGAGGCUAGCUGACAUCAUCCUGGAGGCCCGCUACGGCUCACAGCACAGGAAGCAGCGGCGCAGUCGCACGGCCUUCACGGCCCAGCAGCUGGAGGCGCUGGAGAAGACCUUCCAGAAGACCCACUACCCCGACGUGGUGAUGCGCGAGCGCCUGGCCAUGUGCACCAACCUGCCCGAGGCUCGCGUGCAGGUGUGGUUCAAGAACCGGCGUGCCAAGUUCCGAAAGAAGCAGCGCAGCCUGCAGAAGGAGCAGCUGCAGAAGCAGAAGGAGGCAUCUGGAGAGGGCCAAGCGGAAGAUGGAAAGCCAGACCAGAACCCUCCAUCUUCCACCGCCACCUCCACCAGCACCACAGCAGUGCACCCAGAGCCCCACAGCCCUGCUCCCCCGCUCUCCUGCCCUUCUUCCCUGUCCGAAGCGGAGCAGUCUGGCAGCGGCAGCAGGCCCCACCACCAGGCCUCCUCGGAGUUGAGCGUGGAGGUUAACGUCACCUCCCCAGAGCAGUCGGGCAGCGAGUCGGCGGCCGAGGAAGACACCACAGACCGGGAGGAGGAGAUGAAGUGCUUCAGGGAGGAGCCGUCCCACAAAGGGGAUGUGGUGAUCCCUGUGCUGCCCGGCAACCGCUCGCCCUCCUGUAAACACCUUAGCCCCAAAUCAGACUCUCCGCUGGGCUCCCCGGCCAUCCCGUCCUCCAGUGGCGUGGGCAGCGGUCUGGCCCAGAGCAACUCGUACGCCUCGUCCCCACUCAGCCUCUUCCGGCUGCAGGAGCAGUUCCGCCAGCACAUGGCCGCCACCAACAACCUGGUGCACUACCCGUCCUUCGACAUGGCCGCCCCGUCCUCCCUGCCCUACCUGGGCAUGAAUGUCAACAUGGCCGCGCCCCUCGGCUCCCUCCCCUGCCAGUCCUACUACCAGUCUCUCACCCAGGCCCAGCAGGUGUGGAACAACCCGCUGCUGCAGGCCUCCGGAACUCUGCCCAGCCUUAACAGCAAGACCACCAGCAUCGAGAACCUGCGGCUCCGGGCCAAGCAGCACGCCGCCUCCCUGGGCUUGGACACCCUGCCCAACUGACCGAGGCCCAACACAGACAACCACCACCACCGCCGCUAUCGUCUGGACCCCGGAGCUCAACACUACCCGAACCCCCUGUCCAGUGGUGGAACAAUUGCACCCAGGGUCCCAGGGCAAAACACCACUAGGGACCCCCCCAUACAGUCUGCCAACGUCAUAAUAAUGCCCCCAUCACAAAUAAGGGAGGCCCCUGAGCCCAGGGGCGAAUGCCCAUCUUGCCCCCUCUAUAGCUCCGUCCCGGGCCCUGUCCCACUGUGCCAUCGUCCCUCAACGCUGUCCUCAUUUCCCCCUCCAUAUCCCCCUCUGGUCUCUGACCCAAGGGCAGCCCACAUGUUCUGGGAUCCGGGAUCUUAAUUCAACUUCAGCACUGACUGACUGAUCCUCGAUCAGACCUGAAGUCCUGUCGACAGGCACAACCACGAUGCAGAGAAGGGCAUGGUUUCAAGAAUUAAAAAAAAGAAGAAAAACCCAAAGCACUCAUCCUUCAAUGUGGAUACACAGAAGAAGACCAGCUUUCUGUUAACGUGUGCGUGGCAUCUCACCUCGACCUGUCUCGGGUGUGCAAUAGAACCACAACUAAUAUAACCAUGAACCACGGUGGAAUGUUAAGGUCAAGAAAGAAGGCCAUUUUAAAUGUGAUUAAAAGAAACAGUAUUCUGUUUGGCUAUAAGGGAAUGUUCUGCUCAGAAUUUUUUUGAGACUUAAAGCAACACCGCACCAUUUUGUGGACGUAAGCUCAUUUUACACCUCCCCUUGAGUUAAAUGAUUGAGUUUUACCUUUCUCCUGUACUGGAGCCAGC